GUGGACAGUUUGUAAGGGCAAACAGCAGUAAAAUAAAAAAAAGGAAUAUUGGAUAUAUUGCACAAUCUUCAGAACACAGAACUCACAGUAUCCCUCUACGAAAUCAAUUUUGUCAAAAGUAAGAAAUUAAGAAAGAACAUACUUAAAACUUUUGGUGGUAGUAUUUAGGUGGAGAAUGGGUUCCAAUGCUUUAAAUUUUGAAAUAAAAUUAAAGCGUGAAAAUAAAAUCUACUAUGAAAAUGAUGUCUUAGUGGGAUGUGUGCACUUCUCCUGCCCCUCGGAAGCCAAACAUGAUGGCAUUAGCUUAUCUCUAGAGGGGAUUGUGAAUCUACAACUCAGCAAUAGCAAGUCUGUGGGUCUUCUGGAUGCUUUCUAUAAUUCUCUCAAACCCAUACAACUUCUCAAUUCCACUAUCGAUUUAUCGGCACCCGGCAAACUUAAUGCCGGAAAUACAGAAUUCCAUUUUGAAUUUCCCCUUAAGUGCAAUAAAGAACCGAAAGUUCUUUACGAAACCUAUCAUGGGCUGUUCAUCAACAUUAACUACCAAUUGAGAUGUGAUGUGAAACGUAGUUUCUUGGCCAAAUCUUUGCAAAAAACCCAACAAUUUUGCAUACAAUACAAGCCGCCUUCAGGAGCUGAAGCUAUUGUCGCACCUGCCAAAGAAGCCAAUUUUAGCAUAAGUCCCGAAAGCAUACAAAAAAAUUCCAAAGAACGCAUAACAAUGCCACGGUUUUUGAUAACCGGUAAAUUGGAAAAGACCGAAUUUUGCAUUACCCAGCCCUUGAGGGGUAGUUUAACCAUUCAACACACUGAAGUGGCCAUUAAGUCCAUAGAACUGCAAUUGUUGCGUGUGGAAACAUGUGGCUGCAAGGAGGGCUACGCCAAGGAUUCCACUGAAAUACAGACAAUACAAAUUGUGGAUGGCAAUAUAUGUCCAAGAUUGGAAAUACCCAUUUAUAUGGUAUUGCCACGUUUGUUUUCCUGUCCCACACUUAUCACAAAGAAUUUUAAAAUCGAAUUUGAAGUGAAUCUGGUGAUAGUUUUCAAAGAUGACUACAUUAUCAGCGAGAAUUUCCCCAUAGUUUUAAAACGUUUGAAUGGGCCUCUGGGAUCAAAGAGUUCAACGCGUGGAAUUUAAUUAGUUGCUUACAGGACAGAUAUAAGAAUCAAGAAUAGAAUAUUAAGAAACGCAUACUAUUCUCCAUAUAAGAGGGGAAAAUAAUAAAUAUAUAAAAGCUGGAAAAGGUAAAA